CCAGCCCACGGAAGGUAUAGCCUCCCCGUCCGCACACCGCACUCCCCACCACCAUUUCCUGCUUCUCCGCUAGAACCCUAGCCGCCGCGCCGCCCCAAGAACCGGGAAAGGGAAGCGACGAUCCGGUGUGCCCCUCCUCGUCCUCGAAUCCCGCCACCUCCUUUAUCUUCGCCGGGGCAAGGAGGAAAUCUCGUCGGAUGGGGAAGGCGAAGCGGGCGUCCAUCUUCAUCAGGCUCGUGUCGGCCGCCGGCACGGGGUUCUUCUACGUGAAGCGCAAGAACCCUCGCCGGAUCACGGAGAAGCUCGAGUUCAGGAAGUACGACCCCCGCGUCAACAAGCACGUCCUCUUCACGGAGGCCAAGAUGAAGUGAGCGCGCGCGUCUUCGCCGGAAGAUGGAAUAACGCCGUCGAGCCCUGUAACGAACCUGAGAGAGAGAGAGACAUCUGUUCUUGUUCCUUGUUAUUUUUUCCUUGCCUGUACUAUCGAUGGACUGAGCUGCGGCGCGGUGCAGCUCAUCUGUUCCUUCUUGCCGCUAAUCCAAGUCCGUUGCAUCCCCAUC